AGCAGAGCUGGAGCCGGCGGGCGCAGGGCGGCGGCUACGGGGAGGAGCCGCGGGGGACAGCGCUCGCGGGCGGCCGAGGAUGCUGCGGGGCGGCCGCGCCAGCGCCCCUCGCUCGUGACCGCGGCGCCGCUCCUGAGGCAGCCGAGGCGGAGGGCCCCGCGCAUUCCUGCUCCGCGCACGCGCCCCGCGACCUCCCGGUGCUGACAGCGCGAGCGCGCGGCCCCGCGGGAGCAGCACGACGGACCUAGUCCUUCUCCUGCUACUCUGAUUGUUCCCAUGUUCCUUUGCUGGUUUUCUUCCUUCUUCCAACUGUGACCACUUCUCAAGGCUUUGUCUGAAUGUAUGACAACAUGUCCACAAUGGUGUAUAUAAAGGAAGACAAGUUGGAGAAGCUUACACAGGAUGAGAUUAUUUCUAAGACAAAGCAAGUGAUUCAGGGGCUGGAAGCUCUGAAGAACGAGCAUAAUUCCAUUUUACAAAGUUUACUGGAAACACUGAAGUGUUUGAAGAAAGAUGAUGAAAGUAAUCUGGUGGAGGAGAAAUCAAACAUGAUCCGGAAGUCACUGGAAAUGCUGGAGCUUGGCCUGAGUGAGGCACAGGUUAUGAUGGCUUUGUCCAAUCACCUGAAUGCUGUCGAGUCGGAGAAACAGAAGCUGCGGGCACAGGUUCGUCGCCUGUGCCAGGAGAAUCAGUGGCUGCGGGAUGAAUUGGCCAACACGCAGCAGAAAUUACAGAAGAGUGAGCAAUCUGUGGCUCAACUGGAGGAAGAAAAGAAGCAUCUGGAAUUCAUGAAUCAGUUAAAAAAAUACGAUGAUGACAUCUCUCCAUCCGAGGACAAAGACACUGAUUCCACCAAAGAACCUCUGGAUGACCUUUUCCCAAAUGAUGACGACGAACCCGGCCAAGGAAUCCAGCAGCAGCACAGCAGUGCGGCGGCCGCGGCGCAGCAGGGCGGCUACGAGAUCCCGGCGCGCCUGCGCACUCUGCACAACCUGGUCAUCCAGUACGCCUCCCAGGGGCGCUACGAGGUGGCCGUGCCGCUCUGCAAGCAGGCCCUGGAGGACCUGGAGAAGACUUCCGGCCACGACCACCCAGACGUGGCUACCAUGCUGAACAUCCUGGCCUUGGUGUACAGAGACCAGAAUAAAUACAAAGAUGCCGCAAAUCUACUGAACGAUGCCUUGGCCAUCCGUGAAAAAACUUUGGGCAAAGAUCAUCCCGCGGUGGCGGCCACUCUGAAUAACCUCGCAGUGCUGUACGGCAAGAGAGGGAAGUACAAAGAGGCCGAGCCGCUGUGUAAAAGAGCCCUGGAGAUCAGAGAAAAGGUUUUGGGAAAGGAUCACCCCGAUGUUGCUAAGCAGUUGAAUAACUUGGCCUUACUGUGCCAGAAUCAGGGCAAAUACGAAGAAGUAGAAUAUUAUUAUCAAAGAGCCCUUGAGAUCUACCAAACAAAACUGGGGCCUGAUGACCCCAAUGUGGCCAAAACGAAAAAUAACCUGGCCUCCUGCUAUCUGAAGCAAGGAAAAUUCAAGCAAGCAGAAACACUGUACAAAGAGAUUCUCACUCGUGCACACGAAAGGGAGUUCGGUUCUGUGGAUGAUGAAAAUAAACCCAUUUGGAUGCACGCUGAAGAAAGAGAAGAAUGCAAAGGAAAGCAAAAGGAUGGGACAUCUUUUGGAGAAUAUGGCGGCUGGUACAAAGCCUGCAAAGUUGAUAGUCCGACUGUUACAACUACUUUGAAAAACCUCGGGGCACUUUAUAGACGACAAGGCAAAUUUGAAGCUGCGGAAACAUUGGAAGAAGCAGCCAUGAGGUCCCGUAAACAGGGUCUUGACAAUGUUCACAAACAGAGAGUAGCCGAAGUGCUGAAUGACCCUGAGAACAUGGAGAAGCGGAGAAGCCGGGAGAGCCUGAACGUGGACGUGGUCAAGUACGAGAGCGGCCCUGACGGAGGGGAGGAAGUGAGUAUGAGCGUAGAGUGGAACGGGGACGGCACUGGAUCUUUAAAGCGCAGUGGCUCCUUUAGCAAACUCCGGGCUUCCAUUAGACGCAGCAGUGAGAAGCUGGUUAGGAAGCUGAAGGGAGGAAGUUCUCGAGAGAGUGAGCCAAGGAACCCCGGCAUGAAGCGUGCCAGUUCUCUGAGUGUCCUUAACGUGGGUGGCAAGGCAGCCGAAGACCGUGGUUUCCAACUGUGGGAGGCUUGCACGAACCCGUCACAUUUAAAACUGUUGGUACCUUGUCUAUCAGAAAUGGCCUUUUUGCUUCUGUUAAGUGUCCAGUGUGGCUGUCGGGGUGCGGCCCCGUGUGCCAGGCAGACCAGCAGCUGAGCUUCUGGGGAGAGAGAACCUUCUCAGCCAGACCUGCCCGUCAUCACACCCGUUAGCAGCUCCUCAGGUGCCCCGGCCCAGCUGCUAGACUCCUGGACGCUCACCGACGGGAGCAGGCCUUCCUCACCACCCUGCACCCGCGGGGGCGGCUGUUUCCAGGGGCCUCUCAGCAGGCCUUUGGUGAGCGGACGCGAGACGCCAGUGGUGUCUGGGCAUAUUUUGGGCGUGCCUGCUAAUGAGAAUACAAGAGGCGUCGUCUCCAAAGGCCUGGGGUAGCCAGGUCCCCUCACCCAUGUCUCUCGGUGUUGGCACCUGUGGACGUGAGCGUCGGGGCUCUCGGAGGUUGACUUAAGAGUCGUGCAGCCGUCGCUACAGCUCUGAGACCGCUUGAAGCUGGCGUCAUUUGACGCACGGGUCGAGUAUAAUUUCUGGUGGUUUUCUCACGCGGGAGCGAAAUGAUUGUCUGGCAGACUCGUGAGCUCCGAGCGCCAGCCACGCUGACCCGGCCCGCUGAGGGUCGGGGCAGAGCUAGACAACAGUCCCCGACACUUAACGGGGACACGGAGACCCUCGGAGCUGGGCCACGCUCCUCUACUCUGCCCGGGACUCACCUCCCCACUGACUUCCGUUUCUAGGUAGUGACCUCUGCCGCCUCGUGGGGGCCUGCCCCAAAUUCCAUUAAGCUGCCUGCAGUCCUGGCGAGCUAGAGCCGCCGGCGCGUGAGACUGGCCAGGCGUGGCGCCGGCAGCCUCAGCACGUGUGGGACCGGCCGC